AUGUUCUCUGAAUAUGCUUCGAGAUUCCUAGCCCAGUCGCAGUCUCGGCUUUCCAACUUCGGCCAACCCGACAACAACAGCAACAACGGCGAAGCUUCGAGUCGUCAACCCGCAGACGGCGCCACACGAUUCUCACGACAUCCGGUGCGAUCUACAUACCAGGCCCGCCUCGGGAAUCCAUACCAUCCCUCCGGCUCCAGAUUCGGAUUCGCCUCGCGAUAUAAUAGCAGCCAAGAUGCGCCGCUCUUCCACAGCGUGCUUAACGAGUUUCAAGACGACGAUGACGACGAUGCGCGAGAGGCGGCUGAUCUUCGCGCCUUGCAGCGGUCGAGGCGGGUCUUUGUAGCGAGCAGGAUAGACGAGAGCUCUGCUUCAGAGAACGACGCCAGCCGUGCAUCGCUCGGGGCAAGUGGGGAGCACGACAGCAGGGUCUAUGAGGACAGAGGACGACCGCUGGGCAUCAAGAGCAGUUGGAACGGCGAGUCAAGCUUCAAAGAGUUCAAGGAUCGGCAAAAGCGCAAGAGUGAAGCCGACGACUCCAUCAACAGGGGCAACAUGCGACACAACUCGGAUAGCAGUGACGGGAAGAUGGUGGAUAUUGGUCUCGAGUCGACCGUCAUCAAUAACACCGUGCCCGAAGACUUGCUUCAGGAGACGCCCACCGAUACGGAUCCUCCAGCCUUUCAGCAGUUCAAGACGCGGCCUGGCGGUCACAACGGUGGAUCUGGAAGGAGGGAAUCCAAGUAUGAGCGUGAUUCUCGCGUACAGCGCCAGGCCAUCUUGGAGGAGGAUGAGCCUGCGGAAGAUGCCAUAUCCCUGCCCACAACGCCAGCGCCUCCUCUGCACAAUGAAAUGUUCAAAAACGAUCAGUUCUUCGCUUGGAUCUACCUGAUAGCCAUCGCAUCUCUGUUCGCCACCUUUGUGCUCGUUUGGCUCCACACGUCAACGCCGAGCAGGAAGAAUCCUCUGGGCGACACCAUUUACACCACCUUGGAAAGUUCCUACUACCUUCUCGCCGUUGAUACGGUAGUUUCCAUCAUUGUGGCCCUGGUUUGGAUGGCGAUGCUGAAGUCGUUUGUCAAGCCCAUGGUCUUACUCAUCGUGGUGGGGACCCCGGUCGUCCUCUUUUCUUUUUCGAUGUACCCGAUGAUAUCGAGUUAUCAAGGACCGGAGCGAGGAUCAAGAUUGCAGGAUGUGGCCAUGCGAUACUCAGCCAUCAUUCCGGGAGUUCUUGCCAUUGUUUUCGUAUGGAUGGUCUAUAGAGUACGGUUCCAGCUUGGCAGAGCCAUCGAACUGCUCGAGUUUGCCAGUCGUCUGCUUGCGGCCAAUCCCGCCCUGGUGGCACUCGGCUUCGGCUCGUUGGCGUUUGUCGUGGGGUGGACUUGGAUUUGGCUUUGGAUGUUCACUCGUGUGUUUCUCGGCGGAUCCUACUCCAGAUCAUCGCUCUCAUUCAUCAUCAAUGCCGCGACUUGGUGGCUGGGGGUAUUCUUCUUCUUGAUGUAUAUCUGGACACUCUCCGUGGCUGGUGGCGUCGUUCGAGCCACGACCGGAGGAACCGUUUCGAACUGGUAUUUUCACCGCAACAAGCAGCCCCCUGCUCCUUCGAAUGCCGUCGUCAAGGAGGCUCUGCAGCACGCCACCAACUCCACAUUCGGCACUAUUUGCGCAGCUACACUAUUGCAACUAGGUAUUCGCUUCCCACUCCUGUUCCUCCCGUCACGCCUAACGUACCUGGCUUCACUUUUCGUUUCUCGCCUCUCGCCGGCGUCGAUGGGCCUACUCACAAACCCACUGUGCGUUACUUUCGCAGCCAUACACUCGCUGCCACUUAUGGAGUCAGCCUCACGACUAAGUAGGAUGCAGUUCCUUGGCCUGCAAACUCCGACCUCAACGUUGACACCAAGCUCCUUUUCCCAGCGGAAUCGAUUCGACGACGGUCUACUACCAUACAGGCUGGCCAGGCUGCUACUCAAUGCGACCCGAAUUGCCAUCACACUGGCUCUUGGUUUCGCCGCUUGGGUAAUGACGGCCCGUCAACUACGGGGCGAGACGCCGGACGGCGCGGGGUUCCGCGGAAGUGCGUACGCCUACGUGGUGGGUCUGGUGGCUGGUUUCAUUGGUUAUGGCAUUAUGGGCGCCAUGGAAGGCAUCCUCACGGGCAUCCUGGACGGCGUGGUCAUUUGCUACGGCAGCGAGAGACGAUUGGGUAGCGGCCAUGUCACUUAUUGCAUGGAAGCAGCCUAUCUUUUUGGCGAUAGGGAUGAUGGAAGGCACAUGGUAUAA